CAAGGGUACUAGGACACUAUCCUAUCCUCCAGUUGUAGUAAUUUUUGCUCUGUGUCUCUCUCUGAGAAGCUAUGACUAUGAGUAGAACAAGAAAGAAGCAUAAUAUUGAUGCGCGAAUCAUGUUCAUGUCGAAACCCAAUGUUAAAUAAUCUUGAGAAAGAACAAAGUAGUCCCAUAAGUAUUUAUCAGUAUCAUGAUGAAGGUCACCAGUCCUGCAGCGUGCGCAGACAGCGUUUUUCGCUCUCUCUGCUAUGCCGGUGCUGUAGUUGUGGUCGCGGUGCUUUUCCACGAAAAGUUCCAGCAGAACGAAGGUGGAGAGCAAGGACGAGCCGACGGAACCAAUGAAAGUAGUGCGACUAAAGAAACAAGUCUUGCGACGCCCAUCGCGACGUGUGUCGUACUGCUUUUGUUGCAGUCUAUCCUCCUCCGCCUGCGGUACAGAUUUUUGCAAGAUCUGCAGCUGCACGCGACGAAGUGUCUGUACUUUUGGAGGCAGAUCGCAACCCGCGGCGGAGAGGAAGAGGUCCGCGCGUCGAACCUGCGCGAAUUAGCGUUCUGCGCCUACCAGGAUGUCCUGUGGCGGACGACGAGAACCAGGGGAGCAGGGCAACUACAUCCGCCGAAGAUGAACUCAACAUCGAUGAGGACGUUGUCCUCACUCGCAACAGCUUCUGAGAGCGACACUCGCAGGACGAGCGAUACUACGGGAGCUAUCAUGCUUGACGGGGAAGCAGAAGAGCACGCAGAUGAUGACGUUUCCUUGGAGAUUCACGAAGAUGUUGGCGUUUUUGAUUUUAUUCCGGUGGAGGCAUACUCCGACCGGAUCCUGGCUUUAUGUACCUGCGCCAGAAGUGCAACUAGAUGUAGAACUACAACCACUGGCAGCGUAACUUCAACUUCUUCUAAAAUUGAAGCAGAUCCGGUACUACCGUCAAAGUCGUCUUGUAAUUCGACUAGUACAUCUGGAUCUACAUCUUUGACGAAGGCGAAGCGCAGCGCGAACAGUAGAAGCCCUCGAUUCGUUCAGCUCGCUGCCACUGCGCAACGUCUUGAUGUCAGCACGAACACGUGCGUAGAUUUGCUACAUGGCCUGAAGCAUUACCAAAAGUUGACGGCUUUGCUGUCGAACGCCGGUGGUAGAUUCGGCGGAGAACACGGGUGGACCACGGGGAGAACACCAGAGGCUUUUAAAAAUACCACAGAACCUGAAGCAAACAGAGCCUCGUCGAGAAACAAGGCCACAGCUGCACAGUUUUCAAACGAACUAGUUCAAGAGCAGACACCCACCGUAGUUCUACAACCAGCUUCUUCGGUCUCACCCUUCGCACGACUUCAGCUGUUUUCCAGCCCCGCAUGGAGGAGUUCUGUCGCAUCAACCCUUUGCAGCAAUUCGCUGCAGGCGAUCCUGUUUGCGUCCAGCUUGGUGUUGGCCCUGCUGCUGUUUUUCUACAUCGUGGAGGACAACAGAUCUACCUCGAGCGCGGCAAAUUUUUACGCCCUCCUCUUCCUCCACGCUUGGGUCAUAGCGGGCCUCUAUGAGGCGGAGCAGGUCCUCCAUCGAAUCGCGGUGGAGGCUGUGUUGCGGGAUUUCGGGGAGUUUCGCAGGGGCCUCAGGGCGGUGAUUCUUGCGAAGAACAAAUUGACUGAAGUAGAGGGAUCGCCCGGGCGGGGCAUCGAGAGAGCUACUAGAGCAAACGGGAUCAAAAAGACUAAGACUUGCGAAGAAAAGGAACUGGAUGUCAUUAGCAUCGACGUGGAAAUAGGCGAUGCGCAUUGCACACCGGAACCCGCAUUUACGGCCACCAGUAUUUUUCUUCGUUCAAAUUCUUGAAGCUAUGGUCUAGACAGCUAUUACACCAAAUUGGAGUACAAUGAGUAAGUAUUUACCUGCUAGGAGCGUGAGCGACUUGUGGUUCUCCCAAAAUAGCGAAAGCCUUGCUUGACCAAGAAAUAAAACUGUAAAAUUUCGCAGGCCGACAGCACGAAGAUGAUGAGAGCAGCGCUUAUCGGUCCACGCAACGAAAGGCCGCCAGAGCGGCAGCAGGAGCAGCCUUUUCUGGUUCUGCGCCACCACCAAAGCCACGACCGCGAAAAGACAGAAUCGUUGAUGAAGAAGGAGCUGCAGCCGCAACAGUAGUUGAGCAAGACGUUCUUGCAAUGGAGCGAACCCCCAACAGUCUCGCUGUGAAUCACGAGGAAGACUUGAACCGCGAUAAUUCAAGCGUUGGAAAGAAUAUUAGACUCGGGUCAUCUCCAUUUCUCUUCUCUUCCGCAGACCGGGGCGCCGGGUGUCGAAGAGCAAGUACAAGAAGUUCAAGUGUCAGGAGGUACUACGGUCCUGUGGGUGCAGGUUUGGCGGGCACGAAAUUCGGGUUGAGUACGGAGGAAUGGAAAAAUAUGAAGCGGAACUUCAACAGCAAAGACGUAGUUGCGCGUAGUCGCACUGCGACGCCGAGAAAAAGCAUGACGCUGAUCGGACGGGCAGCUGCGCAGCAGCACACUUCAUCGGAUAAACCGAAUAAAGCGUCUGGUGGACCUGGUCGUGCUGGUGCGGCCGAAGAUCUCCAACAAGGGCAGCGUUCCGUCGAAAUGAGGCUGGUGCUUGACAAGGAUCUAGAAGAUCUCCGAUUCAACGUGGAAGAAGCGAGCAGCGCUAGGAAGACCGACCGCGACGCUCUUCGUGCAACCGUGUUUGGAAAGAGGAACAAGUACAACUUUUAUCGAGCACCGCGGACAACUGAAGAAACGCGAGGGGGAACAAUCGAAGGUACUAGAGGACGAAAUGAGGCACCACCGGCUGGACAAGCAAAACCAAAAGCAAGUCCGGUUUUAACGGUGUCCUCCUCCUCGUCCUGUGCCUCGUCCGGCGGGUCCGCUAGCGUAGCCGCGCUUGAGGAUGGAUUUCUUCGUGAAAAUAAGGAAACUCGAUCAAAUUCUUGUGCAGAUGAACUACCGGAAGAUCGGAUUACCGAGCGGGAUGGUCUCGACCUACUUGCCGAUGCGGCUGUAAAUGUUCACGUGGAUGAACAAGCGGAUGAUCCCGAUUACAGCGCGUCGUCGUCCUCGAAUAGCACGAGCGAGAUACAGUCACAAUCGGUUUUCACCGCAUCAUCUAAGAGCGGCCAAGAGUCAACAUCCAGGAAGCGAACGCGUAGACGGACAGCUGGGGGAGAAGGGAAAAAGUGCCUUGGCAGUGGAUCAUCUACUGGUAAUGCAGCGCAGGAUCAGCAGGACAGGACAACACGGAGAACCCGCACAAGAACCAGAAAAAUACGAAGUGAUGAAGGAGCUACAGUGCCGCCGGAAGAAAAAGCACAGCCAGCACAAACACGUCAAUAUGUUGAAACGACAUCAGAAGUAGAAGAUCCGCGAAAGCAGCAGGCAGCGACGGCGCUAGCAGAUGAUGCAAACAAUGAAGUCGAGGGCUAUCGACGUUCUUCACAUCACGACGGGCCCGCAGCUCUGUAUGUUGAUCAGGAUGACAAGGACGAGGGACAACUUCCACACGACGUUGGAGGUGGUGACGAGCAAAUCUCGAUGAACAGUGCGGUUGAUCUGGCAGCACUGGGGCUGCAGGACUCCAUCCUUCCAGAAGAUGAGCAGGAUGAAGUCAUGAGCGCGUUCAUGAGCAAUCUGUCCGUCGCAGGAUUUUCCUCGCCGCAUGAGAAGAAAAUGAGAGGAAAUAAGUGGAACACGAACAACUACUACACUUACACGCCAGCAUCCGUGGCUAGUACGAGCAGACCAGAAAACACCGCACGAACAACGCGAGAUCAGCAGCGUCCUGGUAUUUCACCAAGGCCAGCAGGCAUACUACGUGAACCUGGACCUCCUCGGCCACAAGAAUUUCGUUUCAGUUUGAAGCCGAGCAAAACUGCAGCAGAAGAGGACACCGAGGGCACUAGCAGAACAGCAGAAGCACGAAAUAAAGUAGAACUACAAGAGGGACAAGGAGAGACGCAGGACGUCGACGUUGUCGGCGGCGCUGCGGCAGCACGACCAAACGGAAUAACAAUAAACGAUAAGAUCAACAUGAGCGAUUGGCCAACGGAUCAAAGGCAGCAAGAAGGAGAUCCAGGCGAUUUUGAAACUGCUGACGCGUGGCCGCCUGCGAUUUCACCUUAUCUGCCGAAACCCAAGCCGCAAAUCUCAACGCGGAACGCGCUCGGAUCGCUGAAGGACAUGAUGAGAGUUGAUCUUUCAACUAUCGUAAAGGAACCUACUACCGCUACCGAUAUAUUCAAAUUUUUGAGGGUCGAAAAAAACAGCUCUUCAGGAUCCAAAAAAAAAGCUUCUUAGGGUUGCUGGAAUCCCGACGUCAGGCUGCGGAUCCGACCCUGCCGAAAGCCUGAAGACCGCACUGCUUCAGCAUCGUUUCGUCGUGGAUAGCUAGUAAGAGCACACGACUUCAUCAUCAUCUUCGUGAGUUGUAAUUUGAUGUAGUGCAAGAAGAAGAACUGCAAGUGCUGGCAUAUUAUAGCUAAAGGGUUUACUAGGGUUUAGGGUGUAAAGUCUUCAUUUGUGAACUAGCUAACUUCCCAAAAAAGAAGCGUAAAAAAGGUCGAACGACGGAAGCCAAUCCGCCCGGGACUGUCGCUCUGGCCCCACCUGGGGCCAGAGCGACAGUCCCGGGCGGAUUGGCUUCCAACUUUCGACCUUGUUUUAGCUUAUUUCCUACGGAGUUAGCUAGUUCACAAAUGAAGACGUUUAGCUAUAAUGUGCCAGCACUUGCAGUUGUACUACAUCAAAUUACAAGUCACGAUGAGCAUGAUGAUGAAGUCGUGUGUUCUAUCUUACUACUUAGCUAUCCACGACGAUGAUGAAGCAGCGCGGUCUUCAGGCUUUCCGCAGGGUCGGAUCCGCAGCCUGACGCCGGGAUUCCGGCAACCUUGAGAAGCUUUUUUUUUCGAUCCUGAACAGCUGUUUUUUUCGAUCCUGAACAGCUGUUUUUUUCGACCCUCAAAAAUUUGAAUAUUCCGGUAGCGGUAGUAGGUUCCCUUUCGAUAUCAACAUCGAAAAUGCGGAUCAACAUGAACAAUCGCGAUGCAGAAGAUGAAGGGCAAGCCACUAGUAGGCAAGAACCCGAUCAUCUCCGAACCGCUGAGGACGCGCACCAGCACCAGCACUUGAUUCUUGAAGUUCCGAAUGGUCAACCCGACACAGGAGCAGAGACGCGAGUUGAAGCUGAAGUUGCUGCGCAAGAAAGUACCAGUUGUACAAGAAAGGACGCCGGAGGAGCUUCACCUGUACAACCUGCGCCUCCACCACCACCUCCAUCUCCAUCUGUGAUGAUGUUUUACAAACAGCAAACCGACAUCAGGAUGACCGGACAGCCUGCUGAGAAGGAUUGCGAUUGGUUCGGUCAGGUCGGUGUUCACGGCCAGUUCGUGUCACCGCAAAAACAAAAAGGUCCUCUGUACCAGGACGAGGACUUAAACAACCAGAAGAACAAGUUGGUAGCGUCUUGGACUUCUUCCCAGGCUGAUCAUUCUGCAGCAACUCCGGCACCAUCAGCUUCAUCGGCACCACAUACAGCUUCCGCUACGAACACGACGAGCCAGCUCAUUGACAACAUCUUCAAGAAAACUGCGACUGUUGCUGCAGCAGCAACUAAACAAGUACACCAGAUGAAAGAGAUGCCCUUGCCCACCACAUCGAAAGAAAAGACGAACAAGGCUGCUGUUGAGAGGCUGAAAGAGAAAUUUCCGGAUACCCACGUCGAGUUCUACGUCAACGUGGAUCCGAAACCGGGUGUGGGCGGCGGGAGAAGGAGCAAGCAGGAGGACAGUUAUCGGGAUCAACGUGAUCUUUUUCCAGGAACACCGCCGCCCGCUGUAACGCCGCGGCUGAUGACAGUGUCGAGAGUUCAAGACAGUGUCAGUUAUGGCGGGAGCAAAGUGAUAUUUUUGAAAACAAUAAAAUUUUCGUCGAUGGGUCUUGAGGUACUUGCGCUUACCAUAUUGAAAAGCAACGCAGGAAGAAAGCCACAAAAAUAUGCAGGGCAACUAGCUAGCGAGAAGAGGCGCGACGGAGCGGCAUCAAUUCGGGGGAAGGACGGCCCGGCCGGUCAAUGUCGUGCGUUAGAAUGAUGCGCGGGCGGGUGGUUGGGGGGCGCCGUGAUUUGCCUGCCUCGAAGACUAGCGCGGCAGCCGACCUGCUUGGCCUGGCAGAGAUUGCGUGCCGGGUUCAGUCCCUGCGCAACAAUAAGGGGCCGCCGCUUUGCAAUUGCCAUGCAAAUAAGGGACAUGGGGCGGUGGCGCAGGGACGCGCUUUGCACCGGGUGGGCCAGUCCGCAGGCCACAGCGGCCCAAUGAGGUGCGCGUAAGCUGCGGCCGUUCCCUUGCUGGAGGACCUCAGCCGCAAAUGGGCGGGCUGCAACAAUGUCGGCGCCGAGACUCCUUCCCACCGCCGCUAGUGGCUAGGGUCUGCAGAGGGCACCGCCGCCGGCGUUUUUCCUGGUGCCCAGUCUUCCCAACAAAAGCCUGAAGCCAUAGCGACCCCCGCCCGGGUAGCACAUUGGCGGGCUCUGUUCUGCCGCCACACAAAGCGGCCACUUCAAAACCCACGACGCGCUGCCCGGCCCCGCCCCCGAGGGGUUGGCGCGCAUGGCUUUGGGGCCUUCUCCGUCGCGGUCCAGAAACCCCAACGAAAGCCCCCCCGCCUGCAGCGUCGGCAGCGCUUCUCAACCCUGUGCCACUUCCUCCUCUGUUCGCCGUUCUCUCCCUGCUCUUCUCAUCUUUUGCGAGCAUUUCAAGCCGGGAGCGGGUUGGGGAGAUGUCUUGGCUACCGCGGCAACGCGAUCGCCAUGGCCCGGCUCCCGCGGGGCUCGGCCUCACCCAAGGGGCCAAGGGUUGUGAGCUGGCUUUGUGAUUUCGGGCUUCGGACUUGCAAUGCCCCUCGCGCCGUACUUGCCGCGGCCCAAUCACAGACCUUGAAACCAUAUAAAGCCCGCAGAGGGCCGACCCAAGAUCCCUAUGCAGGUUGUGCAACCUCGGGCGGGCGUCGGGCCCCAAGUCCACCCGGACCCUUUGCAAGACCUGAAAACGCGAGUGUCUGAUGGGGGAUGCCGGGCACUUCGGGUGCCCGAAGGACCCCCCCCCCGAAAUUUCCGAGAGGGGCCUCCCCGACAUCCCUCUGACCCCCCCUCAAAAAACCCGGGGACAGACUUCGCCUUCCCCCGAUGGUAUGGCCGCUUCGGGACCCCCCCCUUAUUUUUCGCCGGGACCCCCCUUCAGGACCCCCCCGAAGAGGCCCGCCAGGAAGGUCCGGGGCCCCGGCCUUUUGCAAAUAACCUGGCCCGACGAGAUGCCCAUCUUGGCGAAGCCCCCCCCCGUGGGCGCGCGGGCGGCCUGUAUUCUUGUGUCCCGGCCGCCUUCGCGCAAACCAGAAGAAAAAAAGCGGGCGCCCGGGCCCCCGCAAGCUGACCCCGCGUGGGCCCCCACAACCGGGGCCGCCCCGUGCCCCAAAUCGCACACCACCUGCUCGCCGUUGUCCGCCAGUUGUUGCGACGGCUUGAUCGCCUUCGGCGCCCCCCCUGAUUUUCACAACUGCCUUCGCCCCCCCUCGCCACUUCCGGGGGCCUGUCGCGAUGGUUGCUGGGGCCGACACAGGGUCGGGCAUGUUGCUCGACAGCCAACGGCCAGGUGGCGCGGGGUGCGCCUGCCACCCAUACGAAACAACCCCAGGCGUUGCCUGUUCCCUGACUAUCCUAAUCGCGGGGGAGGUUGACGGCGAAACGGCCCCCCGGGCGGCUCGGUUUGUUGGCACUCUUUUGGGGCCCGGUGUUCAGUAGCCCCGUUUUCGAAUUUUAAGAGCUUGGCCCAGAUCCGGGGCGCGCUCUUCCUGUUUGCGAAAGGUGCAGACCUGUGGAGCGGUCCGUGGACCGCGCAAAAUUUCUGCUAUGCAUGAGGAGCAAGCGCGCUCCGCUUUAAGCCACGCUGCGGGCGGAUACGCCAUGCAGGAUAGGCACUGCAAAGCCUUUGCGAACCCUGCCGCGUCAGGCCCUGCCUGCCAGACUCCCCCGGCCGUGCAGAGCCUGCAUGGCAAACCUCUGACCUACCUGGUUCUAGGUGCUACGGGGGAUGGGGCUAAGUGCCACCUGGUCAUCGCCUGUCGUCGGGCUUCUGCGAUUCCCGUAACACAACAGAAGACCGAGCCAUCAGCGCCUAUCUUUCUCCUCAUAUUCAUAGCACCUCGACGGGCACAUUGAGGCGAGGGCCACUGCGUCCCAGAUGUGAUACUGCGGAGUAGGUCAGGGCCUCGCGUUAGUGUGCAACUCUGGGCACACCCGUGGGCCAGGAACUCGCCCAAAACCAUGCGCUGCCCCGGGCCCGGGCCAUCCUGGGCUAGCUACUUAAGCAUGGCGAUUAGCUACGCAAAUCAUGCAAGCGCGGCCAUGCGUUCCCGCUAUCGCAUGCAUUUUUACCCAUCGGGCAAAAUUUUAUUGUUUUCAAAAAUAUCACUUUGCUCCCGCCAUAUCAGUGAGGUAUCUAAGGGACGGCCUGUGUUGGUGUCGUCCUCGGACCUCCGACCGCCACUUGAUGAAGAAGAUCAAGUGCGGGACAACUUCAAAAUGAAUCCGGCCAGUAAAGACAACUCCUACACAUUCGGAGAACAGCAAGACAACGACAAGCAUUCGAAUGGAACGAGUAGAAGUUCUUCAUCAAAUAACUACAAAGCGAGCGACGCUCUUUCCGGGGAUUCGAAUGUGAUGGAUUUGCACGAUAACUCAGACGUAGAACAAGUCGAGGUAGUACUAGAUGAGCAGCAUGAAAUGGUGGAACAAAGUGCGCAGAUCUGCAAUGAUUCGUCGAAUUUUGACUUCGGCCAGACAUCCGACGACGAUUUUGUGCCCCCGAUGGGCUCUAGCGUAGUGAAAGAAAAGGUGGAUAGCAUCAAGUCGAGACUUUUGACGGCGAAAAAGCAAAAGGGUCUUGGAAUAAGCAAGACAGAUCAGAGAAUGAGAAAGCUGGAUUUCGAAGAUGAAGAGGUAACCGACAAAGCCGACAAUCGAACGGAUCUUCCAGUAGAAGUCGCGCCACAGCUGCAAGUUGGACUUCUUGAAUUAGAGAGCGAACAAGGAUUUUUACCACCUGGAGGCGACAACAAAAGGCCGGCGCGCAACAGAACAAUAACGAACGUGGUAAAGAGCAGUACCGCAUUGUGGGAACAGGAGCAUGCCGUGCAAAUCGACGAGAAGAUUUUACGGUCGUUCGGGCUGAUGUCUACUUCCAGUGCUUCGUUAGUUGUAAAACAACCUGCUUCACCACCUUCAGCGCCGUCGCACCAAAUUGGAGCUCGCGGUAGUACACGGGACGACGACCGGAGAGGACAACACCUCCGUCGAGGCAAACAAGACCAGCAUCCCAAUUUUGACAGAAGUCAGUCGGUAACGACCGUGGAGCACGAGGAGCGGCAGGACCACCACCUUGAGCAAGAUCGUUCCGCGCAGAACAUUUUUUUGCCGAAGGAUGUUGAUGAACCAGAACCCUUCUUCCCGACUUCUACACAGCUUCAUCUGUCGGAACAAUUAGAAGAUCAAAGUCACAGAUGGCUGAAUGAUCCGUCGUGGUCGAAGAAUUCUGUGAUGCUGGAUAAUUUCAAGACAUCUUCCGGAUCAUCGUCAUCAGCACAACUCAUCAGCAGCAUCAAGCGCAUAAACGAGGAAAGGAGCCGGGCCCUGCAGUUGUGGGAGGAGCAGGUCUAGUGAAAUGAUGAACAUGUGCGGUUGAAAAAAUGCUGCCGGUCUCGCUGCUUGAAGAAUGCUACCACUGACUUGUCGAGCUUCUGUUUCAGUUUCAGCACCACAAGAACGACGACCUUGUUAUCGUGUGAAAAACAAAAAUUUCGUUUCUUUUUCUUUAAUGAACGCGACGAGCAUACGAAAACGAAAAAAAAAUGUCCACGAACUCAAACGUACCUAGUACAGAUAGAGGCUAGAGCUCUUCGUUCUAUUUGCUUGCGCGACAGCUUCUCGCAGUGGAGUUGCUUGUAUUUUCUGCCAAAAAAAAAAUACCUAGCGAGCAGUGUCGACGAGCUCGGUUCUGAGUGCACAUAACGUGCUCCUCAUCCAGCAGUCGUGCAAGAACAGGCGUUGAGCAAGUUCCUGACUCGUUACGAGAAGACGAAUAAACGGGAGCAACAAUGAAUAUUUUUACAAGGAUCAUGUCGCGCUUUCACCAAAAAGAAAACACGACUCGUGCUCGUCUUCUUCGGAGCAUAGAGUUACACAGCAGCCAGCGUCUUGCUUUC